UUUUAAUCACACAUCAAGACACAUGGCGGAUCCAGAGAGCCAGAUGUCGCCGUUCAGGCCGGCCGGUAUAAGGAGCGACGAACCACCGUUUACAUCCACCGGAAAAUUCACCAAACAGAAGCAUCAGGAAAGCAGUAAGCUUCUCGUUUACGUACUCGCCGCCGUCGUCUUCCUUGGCACAGUCUUCCUUAUGAUUGCUUCAGUAUUUCUACGCGUAAAUAAUCCUAAGCUCCGGUUAAGCUCUCCGUCAAUUCAAAAUUUCCAAUACGAUCAGAAUUCGACAUCUCUGAACAUCACGAUGUCGGCGAAGGUGACCGUCGACAACGAAAACUUCGGCCGGUACGUGUUUGAGAACUGCGACGCUGUUGUUUUGUACGGAAACUCUACAAUUGGAGGAGGUGAGAUUUCCGGCGGCCGUGUUGGAGCUAGAGAAACCAAAUCGAUUGAUGUUGCGAUGCAAUUAAGAUGGGAGAAUCUGAAUUUUAGCAACGGCGGUACUGAUACUAACGAACUGAUCGAGAUUAGAAGCUACGCGAAGAUGACAGGUAGAGUUCACGUUAUGACGAUUGUCGAUAGGAGGAAAACAAUUGAGAUGAAUUGCACGAUGAAUCUGAACUUAAACAGCCGAUCGAUCAUGCAUUCGUUAUGCAGAUGAGCUCGAUUCACCACGGAUCACGUACGUAGAAGUUCAACUUCCCAAUUUUUUCUUACAUCAUGAUUCAUGAACAUACAUAUUACAUAGACAGAUCAAUCAAGCUGCUUAUACUUGUAGGAUCAAAACUCUUAAGAGUCUCAGGACGAUAUACUUUGAUUCAUAUAACUUUUUGACCAAUUAAGAUACAUGACAUAUUUUUCAAGUUC